AUGGAAGAGGUCAAGAUGUUGGCCCCAAAAUGCACAGAUAUUAACACUCUGCUGCCACUCAAACGCAAACGUUCCGAUUCCGACGCGACCGAUGCGCCCGCCCCGACGAAAGUCUGUCCGGAUUUGAUUGUUACGCGCCCAACUCCGACCGUGACCGCAACGGAAUCGGUCCUUCCCCCUUCUACCCCAACUACCUCGUCAAACCCACCGGUCGCGUCCGCGCGUCCGUCGGCGCAGGACGCCGUCGCCAGACCUAGUGUGACCAGACUUCGGGAAACCAUCACCGCCCAGCUGAGCUUGGAGGUGUUGCUCAAGCACAACGAACUUCGCCUCAUCGACCAGGAAAUUGCCAAAUGUCAGGUCGCUCUGGAACAGCUGCGACGCUGUGGCGAAAUCCCUUAUCCCGGAUCCCGUGUUGCGGGUGUCUCGCCAGAUGUGAGCUCCGGAACGGGCGCGUCAGUGCUGGCACCUGGAAAUGGUCCGGCGCCGAUGUCGCCUGCACCCUGGGGAGUAACGGAAGGCCCGUACGCUCGUCACUAUGCACGGUGGUUACUUCCUGACCCUCGCUUUGACGGCGGUGAGGUCGACUCUGGAAUGCUGGGAAAUCCGAUGGCUGAGGGUCGGUCAACGCGCGGGAAUCCUGGUGAGAUGGGAAUGCUGGCGGGUAAGUCUCGCCCCCAGCGAGGCUCAACUGGCGCGAAGCAUACUGCAUUGUCGACCGGUUACCCCGUGGUCAAGGAGAAGUCCGGGCCGAUGCUCAUCCGGCGCAAGUCGGAUGGUGUCCUGGUCAAGCUGGUCUGCCUGGACUGCCGGCGCGAUAACUUCUCCAGCACUCAGGGAUUCAUUAACCACUGUCGCAUCGCACACAACCGCAACUUUGCCAGUCAUGAUGCUGCUGCCAUGGCCUGCGGUCAACCUGUUCAGGUGGAUGACGCCGGGAUUGUCGUCGGUGGCUCUGCUGAGCCCACUGCUAAUCCGACAACCUCAGGCUACGUGCACCCUCUGAUCCGUUCUACCCACGUUGCUACGACUCCUUGGAAAUCUCUUCAUACACCUAAGGACCUUGUCACUCCUCGCAAACCGGCUGCUACCACAUCCGUUGCCACUCCUCCUUCCACUGCUGAACCGGCCUACAGACGACGUCCCGAGCCCAUUCGACAGCCCCCGAACCCACAGUUUUUGGCUUCUCCCGCAACUCCUCAUCUGUCUGCUCUCAUGAAAUCACGUGGUGCUGGCCUGGACAUGGACAAGUUGGUGGAAGAAUCCCGGAAGCCUGUCGAUCUGGGUGGUCUUUUCGACGAAGACUCGGACACAGAUGACACUCGGAGACCGUCGGUGGGAGCCAGCCAUGCAUCACUUGGUGCUCGCGUCGGUCGCCAGCCGAUGCGCAUGCCUGUUGGUCAAACCGCUGGCGAGUCUGAGAGCCGAAAGGCCCUCGACCGCGCACACGGCCCUCCCAUAGCACAGGAAACCCCGUCGCGCCCACAGUCCUUUUUGGACAUCUCUCUCGCUGGCCAGUCUCAGGCACUGCAGUCUCGGGAAUCGGAUAGCCUGGAUCAUCAAACUCUCAGCCCUCACGCCAUCGAAUCCAACCAAGCUCCUAGCUUGGUCAGUGAUGAUGAAGAUGAUUACGAGGCAGCCUCUGACUCCGACAGUCCCCCGUCAUCCGAGGCUGAUGAGGAGGAGCAGGAAUUCCGCCACAUUCAGGUUGAGGACGACGACCGCGCCGCUGUCCCAUCAGCUACUGCCGAAGCCAAGCCGGGACCUUCCCUCACGAGUCCUGCGCCGCAGUCUGGGCCACCUCUACCCCAGCCAUUGAAGCGCGGUCGCCCCAACAAGAUUUCGUCUAUAGUCCCGCCCAGCGAUAAUGACGAGCAGCACAUGAGCUAUCUCCAUUCAACCUCCGCGGAGAAUGCCGCCAAGGCCAAGCGUGCUGCCGAGCGCAAGCCCAAUCCCUCCAAGCGGUGA